GUCGGCUCGCCUCAGUCCUCCUCACAGUGUCGCGGUGCUAACACGUAUCUCUCCGUCACGUCGGUGUUGUUACAAAAAGUUGAUUUUUUAUAUAAAAACUCGUGCUGUGACUUAAAAUUUGAUUGACACACAUUUGGAUAUUAUUCUUCGAUAGUCUUCUUAAAGGAUUGGCUGAAGAUUGAAACUUGUCCCACGAUGAGGAGCUGUCUGUGAUCUCGUGCCGGGCGCGGCUGCCGCCACAUGCAAGAUGACAUCCGAACGAGCUAUACCUCAUUUGCGAGAUAUCUUUGGCCUCAAUCAACAGUACGAAGCCAAGCAAGUUUUCGACGAGAACGAAGACAAAACAAAGAAAUCAUGCAGGAAGAAAAAAGAUGACUACCGUACGUACGCCAAUGGCGAUGUGAAAACACUUGAAAGGCAUCUAAGUAUGAAAAAAACAAUACGGAAAAAGAUUAUGCGUGAUCUCCAACAGGCGUUCGUUGAAGACCCUAACGAGUUUAAGGUCGAGAACACGAGCCCAGAAAAACUAAAGGCGGAACUCAGCGCCGAAGCGGUUAAAAUUGAGAAAAAUGUUAAGAAGAACGACCCGACCUUCUUAGACAUGCUUCGGGGAGAGACGAGGGGUGAAGAAGCGAGGGAGGAACAGCCUCCCGCUGAAAAGACGAGCUUCUGGCGACGUCUUACGAUGAAAAAUAAAAAUAAGAGAUAAUUUGUUAACGAUAGCCGUUGUACCGUCAACUCCGUGUUAUCCUAUUUGCAUAUUCUAUAAUUCCAUUGUCUACUCUGUUACUUUCCAUUUAAAAGUUUGGGAAUUGUUGUCAACUAAUUGAUUAAUCCUUGUGAACGUUUGCAUCAGGGAUGUUAUUGAAUUUUAUUAUAAUGAAAUCUGAAGCCGAUGAAUUAAAUGAAAAGUAGAAGAUUAAAGGUCACUUUACAAUCUGUUUUCGCAAUACAAUACAUAAAACGUAAGGCACAAAUGAAUUAAUUUCGAAAUAAACAUCAAGGUUUUGAAAGAAUAGCUCUGAACCUUUGAUCCUUGACGUGUUUCUCUUGCGUCAACAACUUAGCAGGUUUUUUCAAUGGAAACACUAUGAAAUUGUGUGUUGGUACGUCGAGGCAGUAUUUCACAUAAUUAAUCAAGACCAAUAAUUCUUCUUAUUUCACUACUUUUUGUCAUAAAAGAAAAGUUUCCGUCAUUGUCAACAUAACUCUAUACUAAAAUCCCGGAUAGAAUUAAAAAAAAAACCUUCUAAAUCUGAACUCCAACACUAUGAAUAUAUCUACAUUUUAUUUUAUUAUGUUUAAUAUGUAAUACAUUUUUGAGGAAAAGGUACAUGUUGCUAAAGUAAGAACAAUGAAGUCUUAUAGUUAUAUUUAUAUUAAGCAUCCUACAUUACCACGAAACGAAGGAUAGAUUUUCAAAAACUUUUAUUCAGCCGAUAAGUGUCCAUUUUGUGUAGGUAUUUAUAGAGUAAAGUGCUAAAAUAUUCUUUCCAGUGGAUAGAACAGUUAUUGUAAUUAAAUUUAAACUUAAUGGAGCGUACAAUAUUUCAUCGAUGUUUAGUUAAGCAUUGAAAAACUGUUCCUGUUCCUGAAAGCUUUUUAAAUGCAUUUAUAGGCUUUGGAAAUGUUUGAGAUUUUUAUAAUAAUAUUAUUUGUAAUAUUUGUGUACAAUUGUUACUGUAAAUCAAUCUCGAUGUCCCAGAAAUAUCUGGUGCUUUUACCACUGCCACGCGGUUAUUUACAAUUGGUAGCUAUUUUCUACUUUUGCUUACUUUUAUACUGGCAAUAUAUUUAAGAAAACUUUGUAAACAUAUAACUAUUGCUUACGUUGAAUAAGGCUGGUUUUUCUGAUCUCCAACCUGUGUCUUCAAUUGCGUCAUAACUAAUUUAACGUGCGUAAUAAAAUAGAUAGGUAAUAGAUGCAUAAUAAGACGCUUAAUCGUGUUAAUACUGUAGUAAAAAAAAAAACUGUAUGAUGAGGUAUAAUUUAAUUUGUUGGGAACGGAGUAAGUGACGAAAUAUCUUCGGCCAUUGUUACUUAUUAUGAAAAAUAUCUCAUUCUACAUGUGAUGUAACGUUAAGUGUACUACAUAGUUAAUAUCGUGCAUAGGUUAAAUAUUAAGUAAGAUAAGACUUGAAUUCACACCAUAGUCCUAAUUGUAAUUUUUAAAAAUAAUGACCAAAAAACUUACAGUAUAUAAUUAUAUUAUGGUUCUACGAUAAUUUAGUCUCUAUAUAGCGUGUAUGUUCAAUGUUGGAAGCUGGUGAUAAGCCAUUGUAGAAAAUUUGGGGGGGGUUAUGUG